AUGAACCCUGAACAAAUAGCCCAAUUACUUCGAAAUCAAGUAUCACAGCAACAACAAAUAACAGAAAUUCAGAAAUUUUUAGUUGCAACACGAAUUACCACACCCACACCAUUGAACAACAAUGGAACGGAGUCGCAGGUAACUACCUCAACACCGAUAGAAAUGAAUAAAAUAGCCGUCAUUAAUAAUUUUAGAGGACACAAAUUUGAACCGUCAAGUAACUCGUCAAUUGAUAAUUUUAACGAAUAUUUUGAAGCCAAAUGUAGAAUAUGGGGUGAAAGUUACUUAAUUAUACAGAAAGACCUUUUAUUAUCAUGUUUAAAACCAGAAACAUAUCACGAAAUUAAAACGGCACUAAUACCCUCAUUCGAAAAUUCUACCUACGAUGUUAUUAAAAAUAAACUACUAGAUAUAUAUAAAACACGAAAAACAAGAUUGACUGAAUUUUGGUCUUGUAUGAGAGAUACCUGUGAAAGCAUGGAACAUUAUGCCAAUAGUUAUUUGCUAUUGCUCAGUCUAGCUGAAGCAGAUAUUAAUACAGAGUAUAACAUUAACAGAAUAUCUAACAAAACUGGGAACAGAAAAGAAGAAAACAUACGGAAACCAACACGCAACUUACGCCUAGACCAAUGUCGCAGAUGCGGCAAUCACAAUAGACACAGCUUUAACAAACGUGAAGCCAGAAAUCAUGAAUGUACAGAAUGUGGAGUCAUAGGUCAUUUUGAAAGUUGCUGCAUUAAAACUGGCCGAGCGUACCUUGACAACUAUAAACCACUUAAAAAAUCAACUAAGUUUCAGAAAAAUAGGCAUUUAUACAGAAUUACAGAAAGAGCAAAUAUAACUAACAGAGUAUCACAAACACCAACUUCAUCAUUUUCAGGUAGCGAAGAAAGUGAGGAAGAGAGCAAUACCUACAAAAUACAUAAUAAAAAAACAAGCAGGUGUAAAAAAAUAGAUGUUAAAAUUAACGAUAUUAAGUGUACAAUGGAUUGGGAUCCAGGUUCCGUAUAUUCCAUUAUUAAUACUAAAAUGUGGAGAAAAAUUAGAUCACCCUCACUAAUGCAAGCACCCACAUUAAAAGCUUACUGUAACUUCAAACUAAAACCCAAAGGCUUAACUGAUAUUACUGUAGAAGUUGAUAGCCGAAGUUUAAUAUUACCAGUAAUUGUAAGGAAGCAUGCUGAGCCAAUGCUUUUUGGCCUACAGUGGAGUGAAUCUUUUGAUAUGAUUUUUCCGGAACCCGUUUACUCUAUAAAAAGUAAUACAAUGACAACGAACAUGUCAUUUAGGCGUGUAUUAAAUGCUCACACAAGGCUUUUCGACGGUAAACUAGGAAGAGUAAACAAUUAUCAAGUAAACAUCCACAUUAAAGAAGGAGUAGAACCAAAACAUCUUCCUGCUCGUCCUAUAAAAUUCAGUAUUAAAAGAAACGUAGAUAUUGAAUUAGAGCGUUUGGUUAAUGAAGGCAUUAUUACUCCAAUAGACCCAAAUAUAACUCCAGUGGAAUGGGCAACACCUACAGUUAAUGUUCUU